CCGACCAUGCUCCGCCUUUCCGCCUGCAUUAUCGCCAUCGCCGCGUGCGAGCUCGCCGCCGCCCGCGGCCUCGAGGAGUACGAGCCCUGCCUCGACAAGGCGGAGGGCGAUUCUUGCACCCUCUGCUCGCCGUCGGACGACGACUGCAUCGAGACGAUGGUGGUCAAGGUGUGCGUGGAGGGCGAGUGCACCGGCGUGUCGACGCCGACUGACGACGAGGAGGAGGAGGAGGCUGCGGGCACUUGCGAGUGCGGCUGGACGAGCACCUAUCCCUGCCCCGGCACGCCGAGGCGCUGGUGGCAGAGGUUCGCCGCUGACGACGGCUCCGCCUGCUUCAACUACUGCUGCCCCAAGCCCCCUCCGUCCGCGCCACCCGCACCUCCCGCGCCUCCGCCCACGCCGCCCUUCGUCUGCGAGACGGGCUGCGCGUGGACCGACCUCCACCCCUGCCCCGGCACGCCCAAGAAGUUCUGGCAGACCUAUGCGACCGAUGACGGCACAGACUGCUUCAACGCGUGCUGCCCCAAGUCGCCGCCAUCGCCGCCUGCGCCUCCGCCGCCGCCAGCGCCUGCGCCGCCCCCUUCGAUCGCCGUCUCCUUGCUGGCCCUUAUCCAGGCCGUCUUCCGCGACCUUCCCGGCCUGCUCGAAGCGCUCGGUGUGGGCAGCGCCGCCGAAGCGGUUGCCCUCGUCACGCAGAGCUGCUCCUGAGCGCCGCGCGGGGUGCUCUCUGUCGAUAGGUGUAUUACCUCUCUCCACUCCGAGUGUACGUACAGGCCCGCCACGGGCAGGCUUACGUGAGGUCCCGCCGCCGCGAGCCGGUGUAGAGUCGUGUAAGGUGUCGUCCUGCAGAGCGGUGUGCAGUCGAGUCCUGGGCAGCGGCAUGGGGGCGACCGUGGGGUCGGAGCGCGCAGGCUGAAGGGCGCACACAAGCGAGCGCACAGCUGCUCCGCCGCAGACGCGAGAGAAUAUUGGAAGUAAUGACACAACCUUAAAAACG